CUCCUUCACCUUUCUCUCGUUCGCUCGCUUGCAAGCCUCAGCCACCCACCCGCUGCUGCUCGUUGAGACAUUGGAUCUCGACUCUCUUUAGCUCGGUUUUGUUCUUUCUUUUGGACAAGCAACCGGCCAAAAUCAAACCAAGACCCGACCCAGGCCCAAGUAGUAGCACCAGUCACCACCACCCAUCUGGCCAAUCUUCCCUCAAGCCCACUGUCGAUCAAUUUCUACUCUUCUACACCUCACACCUCACUUCGCCAACCCCAGCCCACCCCACACCACAUCAUGAGGGGAGAACACUGCAUCGCCGGCGCCUCGGUCCUGUCCUUCAUGGCCAUGGUGCUCGUCGCCUUUGCCAACAUUGGCCAGAUCUCGAGCGGCGCCCUCGUCAACAACAUUUACAUGGUCGAGCUCAACCUCAAAGCGUUCGGCAACGGCCUCAAGGGCGCGAUCAACAAGGACCCAGCGGGUCUCUACUCCAACUCGCUCACCCCUAUGGGCCAGUCGCAGGGCCUGAGCCAGUACUACCGCUACGGCCUGUACAAGUCGUGUGGCUACAACAACCAGAACCAGGGUCGCUGCAACGCGACCAUCUUCGGCUACCCCUUCGAGCCCGUCUCGCAGAUGGUCUCGGACAUCCCGGCCACCAGCUCGGCGGGUAACCUCAAGGACCAGGCUGUUGCGUCUAUUGGCAAGGACGCCGUGUCGUUCAAGGACAACUCGUGGAACCAUGCGUUGUCGCGCGCCGGCUCGCUCCUGAUCUUUGUCGGCUCGUGUCUCACUGCCCUCGCCUUCAUCUUUGGCCUGAUCAAGCACCGCCUGUCGUUCUUCGUCGCCGCGCUGUGUGCGACCAUCUCGGCCUUCUUCCUCAUGAUCGGAGCAGCCAUCUGGACAUCGGUCAUUGCCAAAGACUCUGGCAUCCUCAAGAAGGUCAAGGUGACCAACGGCCAGCCUCUGGGCAUCUACGUGAACGCUGGGCCUUCGCUCUACCUGACCUGGGUCGCGUUCGCGUGUAUCGCCCUGUCCGUGUUCCCGUACGUCAUCUCGUGCUGCACGUACAGGAAGUAAAAGAGCGUACACCGCCACACGUCGUCGAGACUGCAGGGGUUUGCGUGCGCAGCAGGGAGCUGCCCGCCGCCAUGACUGUCUCGGCCGUCGCCGUCGUCGUCGUCGCUUGUGUGGAGGGCGAGCGACGGCACAGCCUCCUAGACCGCAGCGUGCGCUGCCUGUGCACCCCAUCUCUUCUCUCAUUCUCUUGCCCGUAGAACUAUUGGGUCCAUGUUGAUUGAUGUAUUGGUGACAUUGGUGUGCA